CACACUUAAAGCAGAAGCAUCAGCUCAAAGGCCUCCUAGGAGAAAACCUGAGAACUCAUCAGCUCCUUCAAAAGAAGGUCUAUACCCACCUAAGUGCCCAAAUCUCCUUACGUGAACAUGGCUGAGCAUCAGAACAAUGCUCUGAGGAUCGUUCUGGUCGGGAAAACCGGAAGUGGGAAAAGUGCUACAGGAAACACCAUCCUUGGGACACAAAAAUUUCUUUCUCGAGUUUGUGCCCAAGCUAUUACCAAGACCUGCCAAAAAGAAACCAGAAAAUGGAACGGGAGAGACCUUGUUGUCGUUGACACUCCAGGACUCUUUGACACCAAGGAGAAGCUACAAACUACGUGCGCAGAAAUCAGCCGCUGUGUCAUCGCCUCCUGCCCAGGGCCUCAUGCCAUCAUCAUGGUUAUACAGCUGGGCCGCUACACGGAGGAAGAGCAGAAAACCAUUGCCUUGAUCAAGGCUGUCUUUGGGAAGCCAGCCUUGAAGCACAUGAUGGUCUUAUUCACUCGUAAAGAUGAGCUGGAUGACAGUAACUUAAAUGACUUCCUGGUAGAUGCAGACGUGAACCUAAAAAGCAUCAUCAGGGAGUGUGGGGGCCGCUGCUUUGCCAUUAACAACAAAGCAGGGCAGGCUGAGAAGGAAGUUCAAGUGCAGGAGCUGGUGGAGCUGAUAGAGAAAAUGGUGCAGGACAACCAAGGAGCUUACUUUUCUGAUGACAUCUACAAGGACAUAGAGGAGAGGUUGAAGCAUCGGGCAGAACUUUUGAUACAAAUUUACACUGAAGAAUUAAAUAAUGAAAUCAAACUAAUAAAAGAGAGCAAUAAAUCAGAGCAAGGAAAAGAGAAAGAUACAGAAACUGUGAGGAUGAAAUAUGAUGAAAAAAUUAAAAAUGUAAGGGAAGAAGUUGAAGGUUUUGUGUUUGAAUAUGUCUUAAAUAGGAUUAUGAAAAUAAUUUCAAACAUAUGGCAGAUGUUUUGGAAGUAA